CCCCUCCACGUGGUGUGUCCCUUCGCGUAACAACGACAAAGCAUGUAAUUUGUGAAGGAAAAAAAAAAAACUCUGGGGACACAUAUAGCAGCUGUUAUCACCAAACCGAAUAGCAAUUCCGAGUACCCCCCUGGGAACAUGCUUCCGAAAAAUAAGCUGUCUGACAUAUGCACGGCCAUUACGCUGGAAAAGGCCAAGGAAAACUUAACGAAUGAGUACAAACUGGGAAAUGAAAAAAAUCAAAGCAAAGAGCAGCGUACACAGUUGGUGGAUGGAGAAAAGGGAGAGGAGAAUUCCCCCCGAGUAGACGAAAACAGCGACGAGGAGGAAAUCCGGAAAUGGAGGGAGAAGCGACUCACGCAACUUAAAAAAAAACAGGAGAUGAAGAAAGACGGCGUUUACCUCGAAAUAUGUGAAAAGGACUUCAUACCCACUGUCCUUAAGAACAGCAACGUGGUCUGCCACUUUUACGACAACGCGUUCAAGCGCUGCGACAUUUUACACCUCCACUUGAUCAAGCUGGCCAACAUACACCUGGCCACGAAAUUUAUCAAAGUGGAAGCCAAAAAUUGCCUAUUUUUCAUGAACAAGUUAAACAUAAAAAUUUUGCCCAGCUUGUGUUUGUUCAUCGACGGAGUUCUCGUAAAAACCUGCGUUGGGUUUGAAGACUUUGGAAAUAAGGAUGCCUUCAAAACGAAGGACCUGGAGGAGUACUUGUUCAGGAAGAAGCUCAUCAGCAGCAUGGAAUACAGCGACGGAGAUGAAGAAGCGUAAAAUGGUUACUUCCGAGGAGGUGGGUUGCCAAAGCAGCCAGGAGAAUUCCCCCAACACACACCGUGGCGCAAAUAAGAUGAGAUAAGAUUGGACCCACAAAUGUAUACCCCUGUUCUCCCUGUCCGUUUUACCUCCCCACCUGGAGAGCUACUUCUUUUUCAACUUUUUCCUUUGCGCAUUAAUUUGCUUCUGCCGACUGAUGGCCUUACUUUCACUUAUAUAAAACAACAUGGGUUUUUUUUUUUUAAUUAAGUAAAAAGGGAACCGCAAAUAAAGCAAAAUCUUAUACACAUGCAGCA